AUGGAUUGUUCUGACGGCUUCUCAUUCAAUGAUCUCAAUUGGAUGAGACAAAACGAGAUACCAAAUGCUGUGAAGACAGCGCUACUAUAUGGCGAGAUCCGUGGACCCGGAGAGAAAGCUGAUGUCUGGAUCUACUUAGACAAAGCCACGACGUCCCUUAUCUGGCAGAUCUACUACCCCGAGGGUGACGCCAAGCCUCAAGUCAUCACCGUUGAAGAGGCUCUGGAGAAAGCGAAACCCUGUGCCUGGUUCAAGCUUGCCACAACCCCGGAGAAGCUGGAGGCCUUGGCCACGUACUAUUUCGCGAGGAAGAAGUUGACGAAGAACUUCCAACCGAAACUCACGUUCAAACAAAACCGACUGCUCAGAGCCAUGCUCGGUAAUGAGGCCCCAUCCAAGAUCGUCAAAUUACGAGUUCGUGUCCCCGAAGACCUUGGUCGAGAACUGUCACCAGAAGCCCUGGUUGAACCUCAACAACCUUCAGAGGUCGUUCCAACACUACCGACUACGACGCGAAGCGCAAUGAUGAAUUACGAAGAUUGGGUCGAGUGGUUCGAUCAAAGUAGCACCACUCAAUCGACCCAAUCGAUCGAAUCGACCGUUACUUUGAUCUUCAAGACCGGGAGGAGACCGCCUGCACCAACCUAA